AUGGAGGCAGUGGAAGGCGUCUAUAAAAGAGGCCUUCCACUGGUGGGAUGGCUGGACCUUUCUGGAAAGAUUGAAGUCAGAGUCGACACAAAGUCAAACAAAAGCCCUAAUCAAUUUCUUCUUCUUCUUCUUCUUCUUCUUCUUCUUCUAGGGUUCCUCUUUUUCUUGCAAUCUUGUUUCCUCUCUCCUUCAGAUUCAGUGAGAAGGCCUGAAGUUGGCUGAGGGGAGUUGAAUUACUGUCUAAAAAGUUGAACUUUCCUGCAGAUAAGAUGCACUUCCGGUCAUCGUCAUACCAAAAUGCAGGUAUUGAGCUGGUUUAUAUAUCUAAAUGGACACCAAGAAGUUCAUCCAAUUGGUUGAGGAGAAGAAGAAGAGGGCCUUGGAGAAAAAGGAAGCCCCAUUAAAAUGGGAACAGAAACUUGAAGCUGCUGCCAAGGCAAAGGCUGAUGCUGAAGCCAAAGCAAGGAAGACCAGGGCUUCGAAGCAUAAAAGAAGAUCAGUAUCGGAUUCGGAUACUGAUACAGAAAGUGAUAGCCAUCAUGGAGAAAGGAAAGCAGGUAAGAGAGGCCACAAGAAGCACAGGAAACAUAGCCACUCUGAUUCAGGCGACAGCGAGAAGAAAAAAGAUAGGGAAUCUAAGCGAAUACUGAAACGGCAUCGCUCGUCUCAUGAUGACAGCAUUGACGAAUCUGACCACUCUGGUGAAGAUAGGAGGAAGAAGAGAAACCGUAGAAGACAUGUACAUGACAGUUCGAGUUCUGAUGAAAGUUACUCCAGUUCGAAUGACGAUGAUGUCGAGCUAACAAAAAGAAGUCAUUCUCGGCGUCCCAAGCAUCAUAGAAGAAUUGAUUAUUUAUCAUCCGAUGGUUCUAGUAGUGAUGAUUUUACUUCACGAAGGAAAAAGCAUGUCAAACACCACAAGCCCCACCAUCAACACGAUAGGACCUAUUCAUCAUGUGAUGAUUUUGGCAGGGAUGUUUAUACUACGCGAAGGAAAAAGCAUGUCAAACGCCACAAGUCCCACCAUCGACACGAACGGUCCAGAAGCCAGUCCUUGGGGAAGUCAUCUGAUGAUAAUCAUGAAGAAUCAGCAUUAUUACAACAAUCUAGGCAUAAGAGUGACCACCAUAACAAACACCCCCAUGGUUUGGCUCAGAUUGAUGGAAAACAUCGUGACAAUGAAUCCGAUGAAACUAACCAUGAUUGUGCUAAGGAUUAGCAUUAACUGCAAAUACAGAAAUACAACUAGAUGAUGGGGGAUACUAGUGAUUCUUACAGAUUGGUUUAUUUUUCGUGCUGUGUGUUCGUUUCAUGUGGAUUGCUCAUGUAUAACUGUUAAGACAUUUCUAGCAUAGGAUUUUAUUAUUUACAUCUGUACCACUUUGUUCAGGCCAUAUGACUUUCGGCUCUUAUUUAGAUGCUAUUAUAUUAUGAUAAUUGUGACCUUUUCAUUGGCCGAUGUUA